ACAGCGUGUUACCAGGAGGAGAGGGAGGUGUUACUCAGGGGCGACCGAUGCUGGAUCACAGAGCUGCACUAUGCCUUUCAGGAUGACAACUACCUGUACCUGGUGAUGGAUUACUAUGUAGGGGGGGACCUGCUGACUCUGCUCAGUAAGUUUGGAGACCGGAUCCACGAGGACAUGGCUCAGUUCUACCUGGCUGAGAUGAUCAUGGCAAUUGACUCCAUCCACAGACUGGGAUAUGUACACAGAGACAUCAAACCUGACAACAUCCUGCUGACAGCGGAUGGACACAUACGACUAGGGGACUUUGGUUCCUGUCUAAGGCUCCUCGAGGAUGGGAUGGUUCACUCGUCACUAGCAGUAGGGACCCCUGACUAUUUGUCUCCAGAGAUUUUAAGGGCCGUAGAGGGGGCUGGAGGUUAUGGUCCUGAAUGUGACUGGUGGGCUGUGGGUAUCUGUGCCUAUGAGAUGAUGCUGGGGACCACACCCUUCUUUGCAGAGUCCAUCUCGGAAACAUACGCCAAGAUCAUCAACUUCCAGGAGUAUUUCGAAUUCCCUUCUUCUGGUCCUGAGAUUUCAGACAAGGCUCGUUCCUUUAUCACUGGGCUCAUCUGUGAAAGGGAAGUCCGUCUGGGAAGGAAAGGCUUCAGUGACUUCAGGAGCAAUCCCUUCUUCUGUGGACUGGACUGGGCUUCCCUGCAUAAACUCCCAGCCCCCUUCCUACCUGAAGUCUCUAAUCCAACGGACACCUCCAACUUCGACAUCCUGGAUGACUGUCUCAGUGAAAUGGUAUUGUCUUUAGAGAAUGUUUCCAUACACUUAUGAAGAGACCUAGGUUGUGUCUGAAAGAAAGUAUAGACAUGUUAUCACACUGAGAAACCUGGUAAAUGGUGCACCCUUAAUAAUCAACCCAGUCUCACGGCAUUUUGUGUUA